CAACGCGCACCACAUGGCGCACUAUCCUCCAUGGCCUCCCGCUGCUGGGUCGCCGUCUGCGCACNCCUCCAGGCUAUCCACCACCACCCCUCUUCCUCCAUCGACCGCAGGACAGACCAUGGCUUUACCGCCAGAGCUGCAGGCUUUGAAUAUCACUCCUCAGCAGAUGGCUGCGCUCUUGACUCACCUUCAAGCUGGCACUUUUCCUUUUCCUCCUCCGCCGCCGCCGCCGCCGCCUCCACUACCGCAGGCUUACCACCAAUCGGCUGCACCUUUCGCACCUGUACCUUUUCAACCUCCCGUGCCACCACAGACUGCUGUCGGUCAAAGCGUCUUGCCGCCAACCGCUGUGCCUUCACACAUGGAUGUUGAUCGCGAGGAGGGUGAGGUUAGCGAUGCCUCACAACACGUCAAUCAUGCACCGUCUGCGCCGUCCUCUAAGAAGCGCAAAUCGCGUACUUCUCAGUUGGCCCACCGCACAGCUAUCCAGCCCAAUCCAUCGUCAAGUCCCACAAAGAACAAGUCAGAUGUAAGUCACGGCUCAAUCCAACAGAAAAGGGAAGCCGCUUUGCCUUUCAUCGCUGCACUUCACCAAGAAGGUUUCACCUUCGAUGAAUUUGUCCGCGAAGGUUUUGAGGAGAAUCUACUUCGUCAGGUCUAUCAAGACUUGCAAAUCCCCAUAGUCUCGCCCCCAGUGUCUAGUGCACAGGUACCAGUUACAGAGACCGUAGCUGCGAAGGUGACAAGCGCUGCGCCCACUCCGUCUUCUGUUGUUCCUUCUGUCAAGGAGUCUAAGCCCAUUGUUCCUGUUAAACAAGCACCGCCUAUGACCCGUCAGGACUACCUGGCACGUUUACAAGCUGCAAAGAACAAGAAAGCCGAAGCUGUCCAGUCGAAGCAACCCGCUGUGUCUGCAGAAUCCGCAACGCCUCCUGUCGUCGAAAAUGAAGUUGCACCUCCACCAGUCGUGCUUCCUGUUCAAUCGCAACCUAAACCUGAAGAGGCCCAGAAACCCGCCGCUCAACCGACUGCAACGAACAACAAACAGUCACAAACUACUGAGUUGAUUCGUAAANAGAUGGAGGCUCUGAAGGCCACACAACGCCGUUUGGCCAACAACACGAAUACUUCCACUGCCUCUCCGCCCGGUUCAUCGUCCAAAACAAAUGUCGCUGCGCAGUCCCAAACUGGUUUUACACCGGGUCUGUCCGCAAACAAAAAUUCACUAGCAUCUUCUCAAUUGGCGACCGCAAGCAUGAUACCUGGUUUACGCAUGUCGNACCUCGAUGGCAAAUUCUCCACAACCGCAGCAUCAAUCUCAAACUGGCCCAUCAAAUUCCAGUGCCUCAGCAGGCUCUUCGAAAGAUUCCACCCCCAGCCUGCCGUCAGGUCGGCCGUUUCUAUGGCUAGAAAGCGCCCUGUAGCAUCGGAUCUCAACGAAGCCCAAGUUGUUGCUGAUCAUCAUCCUUUUAAAAGGCCGUUCGGACAAAGCAGGAAGAACAGUUUCGAUGCAGGAAUGAUCAUUCAGGUCAGCGAUGAUGAAGACAUGUCUGAUGAUGAGCAUGAUGAGCUGAGCAGUGCAAAGCCCUUCGUCAAGACCAGCGCGGUUCCUGUUGGCCAACGUGACAAGAACAUUCGUGAUUUGCCUCCACUCAGGGACUUCCCUCAACGCUCGGCAGCAUUUCACAAGCAGUCGGGUGUCUUCACACCGCCCNUCGGUACUCCCGGAGCAUCGAGUGAUGCCGAAGAGCUCAGAAGAAAAGAAUUGGAAAUUACAUCUCUUAAUCAGAGAAUACAAGAGUACGAGAAACGCAAAGCUGCGCUCAAGGCGAAGGCCAGUCUCACCAAGAGCCAGCCUCAAACUCCUUCUCAGAUUGUAACACCCUCUGGAGAAACCCCUGCGCUUCCUGCUUCUGGUGCUGCAACAUCACAUGCGCCUUCACCAGCCACAAGCCGAUCCAAGGAACCGGCCGAUCGACGCACUGAACUCAAGGCUGCUUUGUCAGCCCGCAACGCCGAUAUCGACAAUCAGAAGGCUAAAAUCCUGGAGAUGCAAAAACAGAUGGCCGAUAUGCAGAAGCAGUACGAUCAAGAUAUGGAGAACCAGCGGAAGCUUCGUGAAGAACUCGAGAGUCUGGACGUCAAUACUGAAGGGAUGACACAAGCUGAAAUGAAGGCCAAGAAGCAGGAGAUCGAGAAUCUUCAUGACACAGACCGUGUAGGAGACGAUAUCUUACCGACCACGGGAUCGACGCAGACCGAAGACUCGGAUGUUUCCAUGAGUGAGAGCGAAUCUGACAGCUCGUCAGACAAUCCAGUUGCAAGGCAUCAGUCAGAUGCUGUUGUUCAAUCUCCUCGGACACACAGAGAUGCAACAACCUCAAGCCCUGGCCGUGCAAGAGUUCUUGACGACAUUCGUGCCGAUCGUGCCAAAGCAGAGCAGAUGAAAACUCAGACUUCUGAGGACAGCUCAGAUUCCGAUUCAGGCUCGAGCAUGUCUGAGAGUUCGGAAUCAGAGGACGACGAGGACGAAGACGAACACCUGCAACCCAACAAGGUGGUAACAGAUGCAUCUGCUAGUGUUGAAUCCGGUUCUGAAGUUAUCAAAAGCGUUAGCAAGUCUGCAAGCGCUGAGCCUGAAGUCGCUGAUUCACAGGACAAACUGGUAUGGUUAUUCAUCAGGAACAUACCCUUCACAGCGACUAAGGAUCUUGUGCGCUCUUUCUUUGAUGCUUUCGAUCGCACCCAUCUUCCACGACACCCUACUCGCGACCAAGGCACAGGCUCCGGCUUUGUUGAGCUCNCCNUCUCACAAGCUGUUACUGCGAUUGAUCAGCUGAGUGGGCGUCAGCUACAGAACCGCAAAGUCUCUAUCCAGAUGUCGAAAUUCGAGCCCAAGCUAUCGCCCUCACCUUCGCCUGUACCAAGCUUGGAAUCGUCUGACAGUAGCAGUGAUGAUGAGAUGGACAUUUCUUCAGAUUCCGAUGACGAGAGUGACGAUGACGUAGACAACGUCGCAGCUACCUCUAUCGAGCAGAAGGAGGACGCCCUCGCUAGUACAUCGGUGGAUGAGGCAUCGGCUUCAGAUGCCUCAGCUGAUGAAGAUGAGGAUGGAGAUCGAAUGGACCUCGAGUCCUCGGACGCAUCUUCUGAAGAGUAUUCCCCAGAGCCUGCUGCUGUGCCUGUUUCUUCGCUUCCUCUAUCUCGGUCCAGCGAUACCAACACACAAAAUCUUGCUGACGAUCUAGCACCUGAGUUGCAGCCAACUGCCGAGCAACAAACCAGUCUUUCUGAAGCGGUCAACACUGCCUCACCUGCCAGCACGAACUUCAAACCAUACGAAAGUCUACUCAAGAACUUCAAAGGAUAUCGUUACCAUCCUGAUUAUCCUCAUGAGNUAGAGGGUGGGUAUCGUUCGUUGACUUACAGUCAUCAAAUCGAUCCCAACAAGGAACUGUGCCGUUAUGAAGUUGCAUCUGGUGUUUGCAACGAUAGUUCGUGUGACUACCAACAUUUCCGCGACAUGGGCGUUUCUGGUGCGUCUGAGGGCGGAACCUUC